UCUCACAGCUACUCCUCUAUAUUUCUUCUCUUCAUUUCUGAAUUACUCUCAAAUCUCUCUUUCAUUUUCCACUUAGCUUUUAUCUGAUAUUUCUCCAGUUUACGUUACAGUUCUCUCUCAACAUUUUUCUUUUUCUUGAUCACUUCUUCUGCCACAAUUUGUUCUUGUUUUGUGAUCGAUCAGCUCAGAAAGAUGGCUGGUGGUGGUGGUAUUGGUCCCGGCAACGGGAAAGAAUAUCCCGGCAAUUUAACUCUUUAUGUUACUGUUACUUGCAUUGUCGCUGCCAUGGGUGGUCUCAUUUUCGGUUACGAUAUUGGAAUUUCCGGGGGUGUGACAUCAAUGGACUCAUUCUUGAGUAGAUUUUUCCCAUCUGUAUUCAGGAAACAAAAGGCAGAUGAUUCAACAAAUCAAUACUGCAAAUUUGACAGCCAAACAUUGACGAUGUUCACAUCGUCAUUGUACUUGGCUGCUCUUUUGUCGUCUCUGGUGGCAUCUACUGUCACCAGAAAACUUGGACGGAGACUUUCUAUGCUCUCUGGAGGUGUCCUCUUCUGUGCUGGAGCUUUGAUCAAUGGCUUUGCUCAGAAUGUUGCUAUGCUCAUUGUUGGUCGUAUUUUACUAGGUUUUGGUAUUGGAUUCGCCAAUCAGUCUGUUCCACUAUACCUAUCUGAAAUGGCUCCAUACAAAUACAGAGGAGCACUCAACAUAGGUUUUCAAUUGUCCAUUACAAUUGGUAUACUUGUAGCAAAUGUGUUGAACUAUUUCUUUGCCAAGAUUCAUUGGGGAUGGAGAUUGAGCUUAGGAGGUGCUAUGGUACCUGCAUUGAUCAUCACAAUAGGCUCACUUUUCCUUCCUGAGACACCAAAUUCCAUGAUCGAACGUGGCAAUCACGACAAAGCCAAAGCUAGGCUCAAGAGAAUCAGAGGCAUUGAUGAUGUAGACGAAGAGUUUAAUGAUUUAGUCGUGGCGAGUGAGGCAUCUAGGAAAAUUGAGAACCCCUGGAGAAAUUUGUUGCAAAGGAAAUAUAGGCCACAUCUCACAAUGGCAAUUAUGAUCCCAUUUUUCCAGCAACUUACUGGAAUUAAUGUGAUUAUGUUCUAUGCACCAGUGUUGUUUAAGACUAUUGGUUUUGGUGCUGAUGCUUCCCUUAUGUCUGCUGUUAUUACUGGUGGAGUCAAUGUUCUUGCAACUGUUGUUUCUAUUUACUAUGUUGAUAAAUUGGGACGAAGAUUCUUGUUCCUUGAAGGUGGCGUUCAAAUGCUCAUUUGCCAAAUAGCAGUGUCAAUUUGCAUAGCUAUAAAGUUUGGAGUGAAUGGAACUCCAGGGGAUUUACCAAAGUGGUACGCGAUAGUAGUGGUGAUAUUCAUCUGUGUUUAUGUAGCUGGAUUUGCUUGGUCAUGGGGACCUCUAGGAUGGUUGGUACCUAGUGAAAUUUUCCCACUCGAAAUUCGAUCAGCUGCUCAAAGUAUCAAUGUUUCAGUGAACAUGAUCUUCACAUUUAUAGUGGCGCAAGUAUUCUUGACAAUGUUGUGUCACUUGAAAUUUGGAUUGUUCCUCUUCUUUGCAUUCUUUGUAGUGGUUAUGACUGUGUUCAUUUACUUCUUCUUGCCUGAGACAAAGAAUAUACCAAUUGAAGAGAUGGUGAUUGUGUGGAAAGAGCAUUGGUUCUGGUCUAAGUUUAUGACUGAAGUGGACUAUCCUGGAACUAGGAAUGGAACAAGUGUUGAAAUGUCAAAAGGGGGUAAUGGCUACAAAAUAGUAUGAGCUAAAGAAGAUGUUUGGUUUUAAUUUUUAAAUUAUUUGUUGUUGUAUAAUGUUUUAGUUGGAUGAUAUUGUUAGAUUUGAACUGUUUCUCUUGUCUCUAUUGCAUAGAAAAUACAUACUUACUGUGUUCAAUUUCAACCUCUCAACAAUUAAUAUAAGAUUUGUCAGAGCAAUUGUGUA